AGUCCCUCUCUGCUUCAACGAGAGCCUGUUGUGUGGAAUGAGACACUUUGCGCGCCAAAAAUCCGGAACGCAUCUAAGAUCCGUCCGUGAAUAGCAGAGCGUCAGCCGAAGACAGUCUGAGGUAGAUUAGUUGCGAAGUACCAGGUCAAGCCAAAGUUCCGAAGAAGCUUUCCCCCAACAGCAGAAUGCACGUCCUGAAACGAGAUGGCCGAAAGGAGCCGGUCCAUUUCGACAAGAUCACUUCCCGGAUUUCGAAACUCUGCUAUGGCCUCAAUACGGAGUUCGUUGACGCCACCAAGAUCACGCAGAAAGUUAUUCAGGGCCUCUACGCAGGAGUCACCACCAAAGAACUCGACGAUCUGGCCGCUGAAACUGCGGCUACUAUGACCACGAAGCAUCCAGAUUAUGCAGUUCUAGCCGCGCGGAUCGCAAUCUCCAAUCUGCACAAGGAGACGAAAAAACACUUCUCGGAGACGAUUCAUAUCUUGAGAACGAUGUCCAAUGGAAAGACGGGCAAACCCAUGCCGAUGAUAAGUGAGGAAACCUACAACUUCGUCAUGGCCAACAAGGACCGCCUGGACUCGGCAAUAGUCUACGAUAGGGACUUCAACUACAACUACUUCGGAUUCCGAACCCUCGAGCGAUCCUACCUCCUAAAAAUCGACGGUAAAAUCGUCGAGAGACCUCAGCACAUGCUGAUGCGCGUUUCGGUCGGAAUUCACGGUGACGACGUGGAGGCCGCCAUCGAGACCUACAACUUCAUGAGCGAGAAAUGGUUCACCCACGCCAGUCCGACGCUGUUCAACGCGGGUACUUGCCGCCCACAGUUGAGCUCCUGUUUCCUGCUGACAAUGAAGGAUGAUUCUAUCGAAGGGAUCUACGAAACGCUGAGCCAAUGCGCUCUGAUCUCGAAAUCCGCCGGUGGUAUUGGUGUAAACAUCCAUUGCAUUCGACCUACGGGCUCUUACAUCGCCGGGACGAACGGGACGUCGAACGGUAUCGUUCCCAUGCUGCGAGUUUUCAACAACACCGCUCGCUACGUCGACCAGGGCGGCAACAAACGACCCGGCGCUUUCGCCAUCUAUCUCGAGCCGUGGCACGGCGAUAUUUUCGAGUUCUUGGAUCUCCGUAAAAACACUGGCAUCGAAGAGAUGCGUGCCCGCGACCUCUUCUACGCCCUGUGGAUUCCGGACCUGUUCAUGAAACGCGUUGAACAAAACGGCAAGUGGUCGCUCAUGUGUCCCAAUACGUGCCCGGGCCUCAGUGACACGUGGGGCGACGAGUUCGAGAAACUCUACGAGGGCUAUGAGAAGGAAGGCCGUUACAUCCGCCAGAUCGACGCCCAGAAACUGUGGUAUACGAUCCUGGAAAGUCAGAUCGAAACCGGGACCCCGUACAUGCUGUACAAGGACGCUUGCAACCGCAAGAGCAACCAACAGAAUCUCGGGACCAUCAAGUGCUCGAAUCUUUGCACAGAAAUCGUCGAGUACUCGUCGCCAGACGAGAUCGCGGUCUGCAACUUGGCUUCGGUGGCCCUCAACCGCUUCGUGCACGACGGCGCUUUCGACUUCGAGAGAUUGAGAGAAGUGACCAAAGCCAUCACGCGAAACCUCAACAAAAUCAUCGACAUCAACUACUAUCCCGUGCCGGAAGCCGAACGAAGCAACAAGAGACAUCGACCGAUCGGAAUCGGUGUCCAGGGUCUGGCCGAUGCGUUCAUCCUGAUGCGGUAUCCUUUCGACAGCCCGGAAGCGAUGGAUCUGAACAGCAAAAUCUUCGAAACCAUCUAUUUCGCUGCGUUGGAAGCAAGCUGCGAGCUCGCGGAAAUCCACGGAACCUACGAGACAUACGCCGGCUGCCCCGUCUCAAAGGGGAUUCUGCAGCAUGACAUGUGGAAUGUCAAGCCAUCCGACCUCUGGGACUGGGACGGUCUUCGGAGAAAAAUCGCCCAGCACGGAAUCCGGAAUAGUCUGCUGCUGGCGCCCAUGCCCACAGCAUCAACGGCUCAGAUCCUCGGCAACAACGAGUCCAUUGAGCCGUACACGAGCAACGUGUAUGCCAGACGAGUUCUCUCCGGUGAAUUCCAAAUCGUCAAUCACCACCUCCUGAAGGAUCUCACCGACUUGGGCCUCUGGAACGAAACGAUGAAGAACGAGCUUGUCGCUAGCAACGGUUCCGUGCAGAAUCUUGAUAUCCCUGAUAAAUUGAAACAACUCUACCGGACCGUUUGGGAACUGCCUCAGAAGAACAUCAUCAAAAUGGCGGCUGACCGUGGGGCGUUCAUCGAUCAGAGCCAAUCUCUGAACAUCCACUUCGCCGAGACCAACUUCGGGAAGCUCACGUCGAUGCAUUUCUACGGCUGGAAACUCGGUUUGAAAACCGGGAUGUACUACUUGAGAACGAAGCCCGCCGCCCAGGCGAUUCAGUUCACUGUCGACAAAACCAAAAUCAAGCAGAAGAACGCCGAGGCCAUGGUCUGCUCUCUGACAAAUAAAGAUGCCUGCCUGAGCUGCUCGGGUUGAUGGGAAAACUCGACAGAGGCGCAAGACCCCGGUCCCUUUCCUCGCUCAAUUUCCCAGCCGAACUCGUGGGGAAACCUUGCGUUCGGAAUGACCGUAGAGAUCUCUAAUCAGUGAAUCUGGGAUGGAUAAUUCAAGAAUGGUCACCACGUCCGAUAUGACAACGGCUCAAUAAAAAAUAUGAUUUUUUAUGGCCUCGAGAAUUGACUACGAAAA